AUGAAUUUUAUGAUAAUGAACAAAAAAUGUCGAGAAGCAGUGACUACGUUGAUGGUAAAUCCGGAGUUUUAUGAAGAAACAAGUUUCAUGUGGUUUGUAAGCAAAUUUGAACCAAAAACUUUGAACUUUGGCAACAAUAAUAUUUCUGUCAUUAAAAUAUAUAAAAAAGCAAUGAAUAUACCUACCUUUAUUAGAUUCCCAAAUUUUAACUUGGAUUUUUAUGAAGGAGAUUUGCUCAAAAGAGAAAACUAUAAAGUGGUGUGUGAUAUUUUUCAAAAAACGACUUCCAUCCAUUUGAGUGGAGUUAAGGUAAUUUCUUAUAACAGCGAAUUGAACGUUCAAAAAUUUGUUGUCAAAAACUCGAUAUACUUUAGUCAACUCAAAAGACUUGAAGGCGAAUAUGAAGUUGUUCGGCAAUUUCUUCAAAAUUUGGUUGGAAAAGGGUGUGAUAGAUUACACAAAAUUGUGUUAAUAUCUGAUGGUGAAAAUGUCAUCCAACUUGGUAAAAAAUCAUUUGAUAUUUUUUGCGCAAUAAAUUACAUUGUUUAUAAUAAACAAGAUUGUACUGUUUAUGCAAUGGUAGAUCCAUAUGAAAAUGUUGAAAUUUCAAUUAAUCAUUUCUAUUUCAAAAAGAUAAGCUUUUAUACUAAAACUCUACCCGACGAAUUAAACAGUGUUUUCCGUGACAGUAGAAAUCAUGUUAUUGUUGAGAAUGGUAUGCUUCAGAUUGCAGGUCCAGUAGAAGAAACUAAACUUGUCAAUGAAGUGAUCAACAAUGCAUUUGCAGAUAAUGUCGUUCAAUAUGGAUAUAUGGAGACUGAACAUACAUGGAAAUUCCCAGAUUGUGUUUCAACGUAUGGGCUUUUUGCAACUAACACAAACGAAUACAUAGAAGAUUUUUUGUUCAAAGUUGACACAAAUAAUGUUCAACAUAUGUUACUUAUUCAAGCAAAUAAUAUUAGAUUUUCAAAUACAUUUUUAGCACUCAAAACAUUGGAAAUGGAUGAGGUGAAACACAUCUGGUUUGAUAACGAGUGUUCAUUUCAAAACCUUGAACUGAUGUAUAUUAAAUUUUCUUUCAAUAUAUCUAUUAUGUGUACUUUUAAUAUCACUAAGUUAAAGGCACUCAAUUUAAUAAAGUCUUCGAAUAUUGGGAUAACCAAUAAAAUCUAUGAGAAAGGGGUGCUUAAUAUUUUUAAUUGUAAUAAAAUCACUUUUACUCAAAAAAUAAGUGAGACGUUGCAAAUAAAUAUCGACGACUCGAGUGAUAACAUUUUCUUUUUAAAUGACAAACGUAUUGCGGUGUUGUCUUCUACUUUUGAAUCUCCAUAUCUAUUUAGACUCCGGAAAUUUAUCUCACUCUCUUAUAUGUUGUAUAUUGAGAACAACAAAUUUUAUAAAAGUUCCCCUUUUAUGGUCACUGCAAUUUCAUCCAAUUUUUGUGAUGAAAAGUGUGUUCUUCCUUUUCUAUAUUUCCACAGCAAUCACUUCUUCAUAUUACAAGAUGUUAGAUAUUUCGAGGCAAAAGUAGGGUAUGGCUUUUUCUCACUAGGUGUCAUAGACCAACUGAACUACACGGACUUUCCAAAUGAAAGUUUGGGGAACGAUGAGUAUUCAAUUGGAUUUAGGUGGGAUGGCAAAGUGCAUUCAAAGUGUCUCAAACAAGAAUUUCCAGCUUCCACAGACAUAAUCAACAAGUUUAAAAAUGAGUCAGGAAAGACCAACACAAUUGGGUGUGGGAUAUAUAAAGAUGAACAUAGAAACAACAUUUUAUUUUUCACUUUGAACGGCGAGAUCUAUGGAAGGUGUGCAAUUGACUUUAAAACGUACGGUGCAGUUGUGACUGUCUCUGAAAUUGAAAGUUUAGAAAUUAUUGAUGGGAUCACAAGCAAAUUUGCAUUUGAUGUGAUUCAAAUAUUGCCAUCCAACUUGCUGUUUCGUACUCAAGAAGAGAUCGAUUGA